AGAGUGAAGGCAGGUAGCCUGUGCCCAGUGCUUUGGGAUAUGAUUUCCUGGGGAGGGCGCUGGGUGCUCCAAUUCUUGGAGAGCCAGAGGGAACCCCCAAUUCUCCAUCUUUCCCAAAUGUUCGAGGCUUUGCCCCUCUGCCCCAUAGGCUCUCUCUGGAGCCAAGAGACCCAGCUGGGAGGUGGGGUGUGACAGGGACCCCGGCCUAAGGGCUCCUAUCUGGCGCAGGGCCUCUGGGGGAAGGCAGGGGUCAGGGUGGCCCUGGCCUGGCAGAGGCUCUGUCCCUGGCCUUGGGAAACGCCUGCCCUGCUUGUUCCUGGAGGCCUGUCUGACACUCAGGGUGGGUGCUCUGUGAAGUCAUUUUUAUCUCUACUAAACUAAAGUGGCCACGGGACCUUGGGUGGGGACUUGCUGUGCUCUGAGCCUCAGUUUCCACAUUCCUCACUGCACCUGCCAGGUCCCUAGGACCUCGCCCACUGCCCCCUCCUGACGCCUCCCUACACAGGGGCUUGUCCUGUUCAGGGUAGCUCCCUCGUGGCCCCUGGGUUGGAAGAUGAAGCCACUGCACAUCCUGAUGUCUGAGUCAGAGGCCUGGCUGUCCUUGGGGCAGUUCUGCUGAGGACACCUUAGGAGCCUCUGCACUGCCCCCACACUCCCCUCCCGCUGCCUAGCAGGUCUCCCCAGGGACCUUCAUGGGCCUCAACCUCUCCACUGCCAUCUCUUCAGAGACCCCUUGAGAACCGUUUAUAAUCUGCGCCAGGAGCCCUGGUUCUAGUUUAGGGUUCUUUUGCCUAUAAAUGUGUGCUGUUGGGGUGGUCUGUCUCCCUCAGGCUGUCAGCUCCUGGACGGGGACCUGGCUGUUCCCAGCGGGAGUCCAGAGCCCCAGAACCGUGGCUGGACCUGGAGAGAGGGACGAGGGAGGACGGCAAGAGGUGGGAGAGCCGGGAAGGAGGAACCACCGAGCUAGGAAGGGGAUCCUGGCCUGGAGGUGGGGCCGUGCUCCAGAACCCCGGGCUUCCCACGAGCUUCUGGGCGGCGGACCGGCCGGCAGGUGGCGGUGCGCGCUCGGCGUCGCGGGUGGCGCUGGGCCCGCCGAGUCCCCUCCUCCCGCCGCUCCCUCCCCUCACCGGCUCCUUUCUCUGCGCUCUUGCUCGCGCUCCCCAGCGCCCUCCCGCUCUCCCGGCCGCGGUCCCCUCGUCUGCGCCGCCCCGCCGCCGGCUCCGCCGCCGCCCCUGGCGACCAUGGCGCACUGGGGGCCCUCGCGCGCCCCGAAGGGCACCGGCGGCCCCACCGCCCGAGCCCCGAGUCCUGGGGCUCCGCCGCCGCUGCGCUCGCCGCGCUUGCGGCCGCUCCUGCUGCUGCUGCUGCUGCUGCUGGGCACUUGCGGGGCGGCGUGGCGCUCCCCCGAGCCCGGGCGCCUGGGUCCUCAUGCCGAACUGACCCGGGCGCCACGGAGCCCUCCCGCGGAAUCCGGUGGCAGCGAGGACCGGCAGGCGCGCGGCACGGAGCCCGGGGCCCCGGGUCCAAGUCCAGGUCCUGCUCCGGGUCCCGGUGAGGAGGACGGCGCCACCGCCACGGGCUACCGGCGCUGGGAGCGGGCGGCGCCGCUGGCCGGAGUGGCUUCCCGGGCUCAGGUCUCGCUCAUCAGCACGUCGUUCGUGCUCAAGGGGGACGCGACGCACAACCAGGCGAUGGUGCACUGGACGGGCGAGAACAGCAGCGUGAUCUUGAUCCUGACGAAGUACUACCACGCAGACAUGGGGAAGGUUCUGGAAAGUUCGCUGUGGCGGUAAGUCGGCCCGAUGGCAGGCCUUUCUCUUAUGCACCUGCGCGCCGUCUUCCCAGGCUCUCCGCUGAGGACUGAGAUCCAAACACCUCGCUGUCGUAGCCCCUGUGAGUCGGUGGCCUCGCAACUUUUCUUUGGCUAGAAAAUGCAUAAGGGAAAAGUUGAAAGUAGCUUCACAGUUUGGGCAGUGGGUGUAAAUUGCACUGCAGAAUAGACAACUGUUCAGAAAGCAUCUUGGCUUUCUUCUCUUUUCUUUCUGUUUUUCUCCCCGCUUCCUUUCUUUCCUCCCCGGAGGAGGAGGGUUUGCAUUGUGAAUUCAGGUCAGUGCACAAUUUCCCUUCGCUUGUGCUCAGAACUUCACACGCAGCUCCUGGAGUCCACCAAAGGCUCUGAUUAUGCUCAUUGUUUGGACACUUUUCUUUCUUCCAGGCUUAGCCAAAGAGCUUGGUAAAUAAAUAAGCUGCUGGCGAUGGGGGAUAUCUCUUUAUGUGUGAAAUGUGAAUCCAGUCCAGGAACAUUAGGUUGAUGUUCUAAAUGAGAUGUUUUAAAUGAGAUGUUUUAAAUGAGAUGAGGAAGAAGGAGGUUUUGAGAACCCAUUUUGGUUAUCAUCCUCUUCAAUAUUUACAUCCACUCACCCAGGAAGGGUACAGAUGGUUCCCAGCCUCUGGGCUGUGGUUUCAAAACUUUUCUCCCGCAAAAGAUUCUCUUUCUUCCAUGCACCGAUUACCACCUCCAUGUUCUCUGGGUGUGAAACCGUUUUGCUUUCCAACAUAUGUUUCUCAAGUAAUGAUUAAUUCAUUUUUCUAUUUGAAAUCCAUAAAAAGAUGCCUAUCCCUGCUGAUCAGGACCUUGAGUUGGUUUAUUUUCCAUUUUGGCUUUGCUUUUAGCUAAGGGGUUUGGUGAUUCAUUCUGUGGGUUCUUACUGAGGGAUUUCUGCGAUGCGCUGGGAAGUUAUUGAAACGGUGUCUUGAGUUGGGUUCUUUCUUUGCUGUAGAAGGAAUGACAUCGCCUGGAGCCCACGGGCCUGGUCAUCUGUGCUGCUAAUGAAGCCAAACUCAGGGGUUAAGACUCUCACAGUCCCCUGAGUGGUCCUCACCUGCUCCCCCAGCAGAAACACGUUUCCUAGAAGCUCCUCUCAGUGUGGCUUCACCUCCCAGACCCACUGGUCUCCUCUAAUUCCAUCGUCACCACCAGAAAACGGGGGGUGAGUGAUGGGCGGCGUCUCUGUGUAGAGGACGACGGAUGUUCCCUGCCACGGCCCCCCGUUGCUUUAUGUACUGGUGGGUUGCUUUGAAAAUGUCUCGUUCCUCCAGUGCUGGGCAAGGUGGUGUUCACUACUUCCAGACAAGAGCAGAAAACUGUAAGCUCUGUGGGCCCUGUGAAAUCUCAUUGCUGCUCUUUGAAAAUGUAAGUUCCAAGGCCAGUUUUGGGGCCAACACUCCUGGACAGGGAAAGCCGAGGGAGGGUGCCCUCGCUGCUGGGCAGGGGGUCUCAGGGCGGGUUCCUCGGUGACAAAGCAGAUGGAGAGGGUCAAGUCUUCUCCUCCUUCCAGCAAAGGCCCUCAGUUACCUGAUUCGUCCCAACUCCAGCACGGCUGUCAAGCACUGGGCCGCAGCCCUCCUUGGCAUGGAGGGAUCUGCCUGGGGCUACCCACCUCAGAAGUUUCCAGAGCACCUGCUUCCCUCCCCUCACUGCAGCCUCUCAGUGUGGCUGGACGUGGAGGCAGUGAGACUGUCUGAAGCGUCGUCUGAACAGGGAGCGAUCUUUCCUGGUGUGUCGUCUGAACAGGGAGCGAUCUUUCCUGGAGUGAUCUGCAUUUAUACGACAGAGUUGCUGGCUUAGUUCACGUUUGCUGGAGUCCUUGUGCGGUGGGGGUGGGGUGGGACUGACUGUGUCUGGCAUAGGACCCAAGACCCCUCACUUACAGGCUCCAGACAGGAUUCCUCAGAAGCAGGUGGCAGCCGAGAGGUCAAACCACCCACUCACAGCUGCUCCAAGGGCCAGGUAAUGGGGGCUUCCUUCUCCUCCGGAGAGCCUCCGUCCAUAUCUGUUAAAUGGGGAUAAGAUGCUCCGAGGGGAAGUUGUGAGAACCGAAUGAGGAAAUGUGUGAAAUGUCCCUAGAACAGUGCAUGAUCUGAAUUCAGUUUUUCUCCGAAGCAAAUGGACAGAUUUUAAUUUUCCAUGUUCCCUUCUCAUCCCCGUCUCUCAUCACCAGAUAUUUCUUUGCCGUUAUUAAAAAUGCAUGCGGAGACGUUAGUCAUCUCACCAAAGUUCAUCCACAUCCCUACCCGUCGGAGCCGUUCCUUUCUUUGUUUAUAUUGUCUUUUCUGAUGCUAACAUGUUUAUAUAGGUAGAGACACAGAAUGCAGGCUUUUUUUUUUUUUUUUAUCAUUUAUAAAAUAUGUUUCUCGUUUUUCCGUGUAGUGACAGGGUCUGCGUCGUCAUUUCUUUUAUGGCUGGUAUGAGCCCCUGGAGUUGGUUCACUCUAAUACUUAGCUGUCCGCUUAUUGAUGCUGCCAUAAAAAAUUUAAGCAGGUAGUUUUCCUUUUCAUUUUGUUCGCUGGGAUGAAUCAGUUACAGGACUGAACCAGGGAGUAUGAGUGGAUUUACAGCUGCUGUGCGGUGGCUUUCAAUUCUUCCUCAAGACGAAUGUGCAUUCCCACCCGGGCAGUGCCCCGCGUCCUGCCAGCGACUUUUCUAACUCCUGCUCAUUUGACAGGAGGAGCCGAGGGCAGGAAGCGGACGGCAUCAUUGCUUUAAUUUGCAUUUUAGUUUUUGUUUCCUAAUGGGGAGGAGCAGUUUUCUGUGUUAAUUACUACUGGCAUUUUCUCCUUUGCACAUUACCUGCUCCUGUCCUCACCCUCUGUUUUGGGACUCAUGCAGGAAGUUGGUGUUGAGAGUUGAGAGCCUGCCAUUGGCCUCCUCCUGCCCCCGCCCUGUGUCUGUGUUUCAGGCCCCUGUGGAUGGAAGGCUGGCGGUGCCCUCGUCUGGAGAGCACAUAUUAAAUAGGGCUAUUAAAGACACAAUUAAUGAAUGUGCACUGCGUCUCCUAAGAAUCCUUCUGUGUAAUUGCAAUAGAUACACUGUUAAUGACAGGUACGGUGUUUUCAUUCUGGAAGUGGCUCUCUGAAAUCUAAGCUGAAUGUGUUUUUAAUUGUCCUACAUUUAACCGGCCCCGCGUCAGUGGCACCCCCUCCUGGCUUCCAUGAUGAUCCAGUGCUCUGCCCUUUUCUUCUUGUGGUGGUGAUGGGGGUCUUCUGCUCAAUCCCAGGCCCCCUUGAAUCAGUGCAAAAGGCUGGGGGUGAGGAGGGGAGCGCCACUCUUCCCUGGAAAGCCCCUGGUUGGCGUCAGGUUUGAAGUGUGCAGGGCAUGCUCCUCCACGUGGUCUCGCUCACACGAGCCACAGAAGCCACAGAGGGUUGAGCAAAGCCCGAUGUGUAGACUGUGGGGUCUUAGCAGAGGCACAAAGAAGUCACUUAGAAAAGCCCUUAAAAAGUGCUGCAGCUUGGGCCAGCCAGGGAAGAUGUGGGUUCAGGGUAGGUCCUCCCAGAGGUUUUCCGGGGGAGGAGCACGGGAACAGCAGAUCUAGUGCAGCACUUCUCAGGUUCCAGAGGCACUCGGGGUUCCUGGGAUCUUCCUGCAAGGAGCACAUGGUCAGACUCCACUGGUUUCCAGGGUGACCCAAGACUUUGAAUUUCCAACAAGCUCCCGAGUGCUGCCCAUACUGCUGGUCUGGGGACCACACUUCAAGUAGCCAGAGGUUGGGCUGGUUAGGACCGAGGUUUAAAAUCCUUCCAGGGUAUUUGAAAUGACAUACAAGCCAUAUCCCCUGCAAAGACCCCACCCCUGGCUCCUACCCCAUCCCCAGUCUCAGCUCCUCCCACUGCACCUCUUACUGUUCAGUGUCCAGUGACAGUAGCCUCUUGGCUGACCCUGGACUACACCGAGCUCAGUCCUUGUAAGGGUCUGUGCAUGCUAUGGCUGCUGCCUGGAGUGCACGUGGCACCAACCCCAGGUACUGGAUCCUGUCCCCCAUUCAGUCUCCCCAUAAACCUCUUUUCUUCAAAGAAGCUUCCCUCACUACUCAGUGCAAAGAGGCCCCCAGGCAUUCUUCACAACCUCUCUCAUUGAAGUGUGGGAGUUCCUGUUUAUGGUUUGCCCCCCUGCCCCCACACCACCACCCCUAGAACAUAGGCUGGUUGAGGAUGUGAGCAUGGAGACCUGCCAGGUUUAUCUUAUUGAUCACUAGAUCCCUGGAACCAAACUCAGAUCUGGCACGGGAGAUACAAGGUGGGCAUUGGAUGAAUGGAUUGACGGAUGGAUGGAUGGAUGGAUGGAUGGAUAGAUGGAUAGAUGGAUGGACAGAUGGAUGAAUGGA